GACGCAGCUAGUGAGGUUCUAACCGAGGCGCGUCUAUUGCUGGUUGAAAACUAUUUCCAAACCCCCUCUUCGGCCCGGGCUUGACUCGGGCCGUCGAGAAUUUCUGGAAGGGCUCCCUGAAAAGGGGAAAGCCCUACAAAUCUUUAAUCUCAAUUUAUUACUUUAUCUUCUAUAGAUUAUUAUGUAUGCGCAGGGUUUGGUAUCUUUGAAAGGCUUUAGCUAUUGGAGUCGUCGUCCCUGGUUUGGAGAUAUGAUUUCGAUUCCGGAUUUCGUCCAUUACGUCUGCAUUGCAAAGGGCACCGUCGUCUUGGCUGAACUGAAGAACUCCAAAGAUCCCACGUUCGGCGCAACCGCCGCGAAGUGCCUGGAGAAUACGCCGCCGCAUCACGCGACGUUUGUCCACACCGUUCGAUCGAGGAGCUACACCUUCCUGAUCGACAAUUCCUUUGUCUAUUUCGCAAUUUUCGAUGAGAGGCUGGGGAAAUCCGAGGGGUUAGGGUUUCUGAAGUCCGUGAAGGAUGCGUUCGCGGAGGUUUUUGAUGCGGAUAGGAAUAUGGACAAUUUUAAUCCUCUCUGUUUUCAGAAGGACCUUUCCCCGGUCUUCCGCCGGUUAAUCGGACCGGCGUCGGAGCAACCGAGAAUGGAUCAAACCGAUGUACUGCCAUGUGGAUCGGGGCACUUUAGGGAGAGACCGAGGUCGUCUAAUGGGGAGGGAGGGAUAAACAAGAUAAGCAGCAGAUUGCCUGGAGAGCUCAGUAUUGGUAGGGGAAACGGAGAAAACGAGGGGAAUGGAAUUGAAUUGAGCCAUAAGUUUCCAGUGAUGCUCCAUAGGAAUGGUGGAUUAUACUCUCCUGACAUGGCAGGGCAUCAGAGAGCUAAGAAAGUUUGGAAGAAGCAAGUUUGGGUUGUGCUGUCACUUGACUUGAUGAUUUGUGUGAUGCUGUUUGGUGUUUGGCUGUGGCUUUGCAGGGGACUCGAGUGCAUUCGGAACUGAAUAUUUGCAUCCGAUCGAUGAAAAUUGGCUCGAGUUUCUUACUAACUAUGGCAACCUUAAUUUGAUUGAUAAUUUCGCCUAUUGCAAGAGACUAAAAGUCUGGAGCAGUUUCUCGAAGAAACAUUUUAACUGCGGGCUAAUUAAGAUCCCAUCUGGAUUCAUUCAUGAUUUGGAGAAAGAUCAAAAAGCCUAGCAACUUGGAUAUGAGGGCAAUUUGGUUCAAAUGUAUCUUUAAAGGGGAGGGGUAGCCUGUAAGAAGGUCUGGCAGGGAUGAUCGAGUGGCUGACGGUUAAAAUUAUUUAUACAUGACUUAAAUACAUGGACCGGUAUUGUAAGAUGUAGAAUAAUCUUCUUGCCACGAUAUGUCAAGAUCCAACAUUUUCACUUCAA